UAGAGGAAGCUGGAUUGGGCGCAAUGCUGGGCAGCCAAAAGGCCGCUUGUUUCCAGCUUCUCUGACCAGCGACGACGACACUUCUUACGUCUCAACAAGAACAUUCACAGAUAUGAUCUUCACUAAUCCUUUAAAACCCUCCGACAUUCAACUUCUUCGACUAGAAAUCUAUUAUUCAUACUCAAAUUCACAGUACCUGCAUCGUUCACCUACAACGUGUCCGCCUAAACCACGCCAACCUCAACGAUAAAGACCAUUAUAUUGCUCCUGUCGUCUUGUCCUACACAUCACCGGUUCAUUGGAAACUGCGCGACUUGAUCAAGGUCUGCGCUUGCCUCACAUGUCCACAAAGGUCUUGACACCGCCUCAAAAGGCUCCUCGCGUGAAACAUCACAAUUCCACCGACGAGACGAUAGGCGAACCCAACACGUCACAUACAACCCCAGUACGGUCGAACAGAAAUCGCCAGAAGAGCAACAAACACAACCAUGAUCAGAAUUAUCAUUCCGAAUCUCAGGUGGUCGAUUCCAAUACCGAUGUGGAAAACCAAACGACGGGCAAUGUGACCGAUGAUGGUGUCGCGGGCUCCGAGAGCGCCCAGAACAUGAAGCGUAAGCGCCCUCCCAAACCAAAAAGAAGCCCAUAUCAUGGGAACGAAGGGUAUGGCUCGCCACCGUACAGACAUUCUGGCCAUGCUGUUGUACCAGAGCCGGUACCUGCUACAACGCCUGGUCCCAAACCGAUGGCAUACGCUGGUCCUACGUUUCAUGCUUCUCCUGCACCUUCGACUCUUCCGAAGCCAAGGUUCUUUUCGAAAUCAGUGCCUGCCGAUGUGAACGAAUCCGGCCUCCAGGCCCGUAUGGAGGCAGAUCAAAGAAGAAGUCCACCACCUGUUGGGGAAGAAAUCUCCGUACCGCCACGGAACGAGGAGUCACCUUUGGAUUUCCUAUUCAAUUCAGACCGAGAACAGAAAGCGAAAAGAAGUAGUGGGGUCUUGACACCAAAUAGCAGCACCCUCGACCGGACUGACUCACGCGAAAGUUCUUUCGGUGGUUUGUCCCGGCAACACAAUCGACAGCCUUCAGCCGGGUCUGGAAGGUUGUUCCCUAUAGAACUUGAAGGAAGCGAUGCCAAUGCUUCUCGCCAUGGAAGUCACCCUAGGAGCCCGAACGAAAUAUUUGCGUCGAAUCGUUCCAGAACUUCUCCUUCGACACUCCCACGUGCCCGGAAUCCCUAUCAUGAUCAGGAGAAUAUGACUCAAUCUCUGAAAGCCAAAUUAUUUGGCCCCCCUGGACGAGAUCCUCAGACAGGCGCCAAAGCCACGCCAAUCCGGUCCGACUACGUGCCAGAGUUUCACAGUCCUUCUCCAUUCAACCGUCCCGGUCCAGGCUCCCGAAGCACAUCCGGUCCUGCCACUCCGGUACAGCAGCAGCAAGAUCAGGUUCCUAUGCUUGACACAUACCACUAUGGGAACCGGAACCUGUCGCCUCUGUUCAAAGCUGCGCAAGGCGACACUAGGCAACGAUCGUCAGGUCUACGUCAAGAGAUUGCAUCGCCCCAGCAACCAAGAUAUUCGGCAUCAUCCAGAGACGCCGUGCCAACACCUACUUCUCCCGGCCGCUUUGGUCCUUUGCCUCAUGACGUCUCCGCAUUCUCCAGAAACUACUUGAAGUCGCACAUAUCCAAUGCAAGUCCAAUACCGGGAGGCCAUCAAAAUGCAUAUACGCAGCCUGUGCCACGUUACUCAAAUCCAUCUCCAAGUGGUCCACUAUAUAAGUACCAUGCAUCCUCAGUUGAUCUGGUUCCCAAUUUACCAGAUAGAGCACCCUAUAAUCCCACUCAACCAACCGGCUACCGUGCAACUUCAGCUGGCGCAUCAGCUUCUCCAGAUGUCCAGGAUAUGGAAUCUAGACUUCGCCAGAUGUUGAAUUUAAGUGGUAGCAACGGCAGCAAUACUGGCCUGGGGUAGAGGCAGUUUGGUCAUUUCGAUUUGAAAUUGGCGGCACGAGUGUACUGUGAUAUUUGAGCUGGGAUUCGAUGGCGUUGGGAUGGUUUGCAUACCUCGAGUUAAAGAGUUCACUUUGUCAUUCGCGGUACCUUUGUAUUCUCCUUUUCAUUUCUGCCAUUUCCUAUCAAUCUUUAUUUCUGCAUUUCUUCUUGUUAUGUUCUCGUCACAGAUCGAAACCUGGUGUUUGGAUGAUUCAUUGGUGUGCUUUUUGGGCCUCGUCAGAAUGCAUGGGUAUUGGCAGUCCUUUUACUGUAUAUUCUGCCUUGAUGACAAUGAUCGACAUCUAGCACGAAACCUGGGUUGGCUAAGUCAGCUCGCCAAGAGCGACUCGGGAGCGAUCAGGUAGAACACGAUUGGCUCUUUAUGAGAUAAGAUAUGUUCGAUACGGUUCCGCUAUGUAGUCGAUCAGGACC